CCGAUAUCAACCGAGAAAUUCUUUCGAAAGAGAACACACGAUUUGUUCUUCAUGACAGUCAAGGAUUUGAACCUGGUGAAGUCGACAACUUCCAGAGGGUCCGCGAUUUCAUCCAAACCAGAAACAAGAUGCCCGACUUGAAAGACAAAUUACAUGCUAUCUGGAUAUGCUUUGCGACCCCUGUGGCUGGUGGUCGAAUUUUCGAGACGGGGGUGGAAGAGUUCCUCAAAUUGAAGAACGGAGGCGCGUUGGGAGACGUUCCAAUUAUUGCCGUGUUCACAAAAUUCGAUGAGCUAGUGGAUCGUGAAGACAGAAACUUGGACCCUGACCAAU